AUGACACUCCGGAAAUGGACUGCGAACGAUGAGCAACUGCAGGAGCAGUUCAACAAGGAGGAGCCAAAAAUUAUGACCGAAGAAAAAAGCCUCUCACCUUCACCAAUCUCCAAGGUACUUGGAAUGAUGUGGGAACACGAAGGGGACUGCUUUAUUUACAAAGUUGAAGCUUUGCUUGAAUUCCUCUCAGCAAAUGCGGACACUAAAUGGUUCAUCCUCAAGGCGGCCUCAGGAGUAUUCGAUCCUCUUGGAUUGAUCGCGACCUUCGUCCUAACAGCUAAGCUGCUAUUUCAGAAGCUGUGGACAUUGGGAAUCAGCUGGGAUGAAGAACUCCCCGCUGAUUUGAUCACUGAAUUGCACGCUUGGACGGCGGACCUUGUUCAACUGCAUUCGUUAAGUAUACCAAGACAUGCCAAGCGAGGCAUCCAGGCAGGAGCCAAGAAAGUACAGCUGCACGUCUUCGUAGAUGCAAGCACGAAAGCCUACGGAUCUUUGUUUUUGGAAGACACGCCUCAACUCGAAGUAAAAAAAGAGACACAUAUGCUGUUGGAGAAAGACCAAGAAGUUCCAUCAUUGUUCGACACCAGAAGUUACGAGAAUUACCAGAAGGUUCUGUUAAUCACUGCCUGGGUCAUUGGGUUCGCUAACAACGCUCAGACGAGAAAUGACAAAAUACGAGGUGGAUCAAUUGCGGCAGAGUUGGACAAAGCAGAGCAGUAUUGGAUCAGGCAGAUACAAAACGAAAGGUUUCAGACGGAUAUUAUACUCCGCGAGAAAAAUACGACGGAGGUUAAUGUGAGACUCGCAGAGUAUCAUCCUUUCUUUGACGAAAACAAAAUCCUGCGGGUCGGAGGACGACUGCAGAGGUUGACGGAAAGUCUCGAUGUGAAACAUCCAGUCCUAUUACCGAACGACCAUAACUUUGUCAAGCUAAUUGUGAUGCACGCUCAUUGUAAGGUUAUGCACGGGGAGCAACAAGCACAAUGUGUUACCUACGAGAGAGGUACUGGAUAA